UCUAAAUAUGAGUGAUCCAAGAAGAAAUAACCUAUGCCGAGUGCAUGUCUACUAUGGCACAAUCUGAAAGGCCCAAAUAGUAGACCUGGCGAGACCUUUUGAGAAGAACCUGGUCUGCAUCCUGAGUAACUUUGGCCUGGAGUCUAAGAAGGAUGAUUACUGCCUCAAACUCACCUCUGGAGGCCUCGUUGAGAAGAAUGAUGUCCUCUUCCAUGAAGAUAAGAUCUGCAUCCUGCUGAAAAAAGCAGCUAUUGAUAAGUACGACGAAGAGAUGCAGCUCAGGGAGUUCAGAAUGUCUCUCAAAGAUGCUAACAACCCUGAAGGGUCAAAUAAGAAACUAAAGAGUAACGGACAGAUUGAAGUUCCUGAUGACUCCAAACUUAUUGAGAAAAUUGACUAUGACGCUCUUGAGUUCCUGGUGCUCUCUAAGAAAUUUGUCAACUAUAGAGACCUGCUUGAAAAUGUCAAUAAUGAAUGGGCCAAACCGCUUGGAUUCGUCCUUAAAAUGAAGAGAUCACCUAAAGAGAACCUUGAUGGCAGCAAGACUCUGAGAAUCUACUGUUGUGAACCAGGAGCUGAAGGAAAAGGUUACUGAAAAUUUGGCGUUACCUUUAGAUUUGAUGAAAGCAAAGCUUUUUGGUUAGUUUACCAAGAAUAUAACCAGAGCCAAUUUAUUCACAACCAUCCAUGAAAAGCAAUCGUUAAGAAGGAUGUCAAUAUGAAAUCUUUUAUGAAGAAUUAUUCGAAGAAGGUUUCAAGCAUCACUAAACUGGAUGAGUUACUUAAUGAAACCUACAAGCCUGAAGAUGAGGAUCAAACAAAGCAUGCAAAGAACUCCACUGAGGAGGAGAUUGCAUGUCAAGAGGACCUAUCUGAACUGAUAAAGCUGCUUAAGAGAAAGACCAUGGAAGAUGAUGUCCUUGAAAUCGUACAUAAUAAGAAAGAUAGUAGCAAACUUGAUCUUCUCUUGUGGUCUACUGAAGAAAUGAGGAACAAAUAUCUUGCCUUCAGGGAUAUUGUCUAUGUGAACAGGAGGUUCCUUAAGAGCCGAUUUGGUCUAUCGAUGUUCUUGAUCUACGUCAUUACUAGUAACGGUACCAAUCAAAUUGUGGCAUUCUGCCUUCUUAGAAAAGAUGAUGAUAAAAUUUACAAAAUUCUCCUUGAGAAAUUCAAAGAUUAUAUGUUUGAAAAGACUCCUAAAACAAUGCUUAUUGAAAGACAGCUGCUUUUGUCUCAAGUGAUGCAGAAAGUAUAUCCUAAGACUAGAGUGUUGUUCGACCCUUGGCAUUUACAGAAAUCUCUGGAAAGGCAAUUUGAAGGCCUUGACGAUCAUAUCUACAAACAAGCGUCCGAUCUUCCACUCGAAACUGAUGCCAAAGUAGUGGAUCAAAUGAUUGAAAGGCUGAAGACUUACAAAUUCAAAGAAGACUUUAUGGGAAAUCUUGUAGACAAGCUAGUCAGAGAAAAGAAGCAAUGGUCCAUUGCUUAUCAGCAAGCCUACUUCACCGGUGGAAUUUGUAUCUGACAGAGAAACGAGGCGCUCAAAACUCAUUUCAAAUCCUACUUCGCACAACGAAAUUACUCUGUUGAUGAAUCUAUUGGAAAGUUGCUAAGCAUUGAAAAAGAAGAGUUUAAGCUGACAGAAGAGUUUACUACCAUAGGGAAGAAGUAUGAUCCUAUCUUUACAAAAAUCCCGCUGAUUUCAAAAUUCGCUAAGAAAUAUCUCUCAAAUUAUGCAUAUCAAAAGCUGAAGUGAGAAGUUGUGAAGGCAACCAAGUGUAAGAUUAUUAAAAAUAAGGAAUCUCUCAACACAAAAGAACUCAGCAAACAGAAUUCAUGGAGGAUAAUGUCAGGAGAUACUCCUGAUAAGAAGUCCAAGACUUACGAAUUAUUGAGGAUACCCUCCCCUUUCAAUGAUUCUUCAUGAGCAAGGAAUACAGAAGAAUCAGAAACAAUAGUUGUGUGUUCUUCCUUUGGAAGAACACAUACUGGACUUCCUGAUGCCCCAAUGCUGACUCUUUUCCUGAACAACAUCAUCAAAUUUGAGGAGCUUGUAUUUCAUAAAAGAUGGUUCAGAGACUUUGAAGAACAAUUUAGAACCAAACUUGAUGAAAAUUUACUGUCGCAACUCUGUGAAGCAGAGUCUGCAUUCAAUGAAUAUUCAGUGAAGCUAUCUGUUCAGGAUUCUUCAGACCAAGAGGACCUAACCACUCAAGAUGAUCUUGAGUACAUCUCAAGAGAUAGCAUUUGUAGUUAUGUGCCUGAAAUCACUAGGAGUGAGGAGAACCUCCUCGCUUCUAUAUCUCAAGGAAAGAAGAUGAAAUUUGAGAUCUCUGAAGAAGCUAAGAUGCAGAACACUGGUAAAGAUGGUUCUUUUGAAGUAAUCUGAUUAGAUGCUCAAGCUCAAGUCGGUAAUUCUGAUGAAUCCAUCGAAGAAAGCACAUGAGAUAUGAAAAAGAGAAUGAAGAUAUCCAAAUUUAAACAAGAGAUUAAGCCUAUACCAACAGGUAAAACUCCUAUUCAUUCAAAAUGUACUGUAAAGAUCAAGAAUAACCAUCAAAAGCAUCAGAGAAGAUCAGAGGUUCGGAAGAAGAGUCAGAAACGAAGCCAGACCGAGAGCUCUGGGCUACAUACCUCGCAACCGAGUUUGAAAAAGAGAGACAUCAAGGCGAAGACAAAAGCUAGAGAUGGAUCCUACUCUAGUGGUAUUGAACAAGACGAGACCAGGCCUGAGCACACAGAUUCAGGAUCAGACAAGUCGGGCAGAGGCGAGAAGAAGGAGCAAAAGAAACCUCCAAAGAAUCACUUGAGCAGCUUAAAAAGAAAAUUAAUAAAAUAA